UCGUGAGCGGCGGCCAUGUUGUUUGCUCUGUUCUCUGUAAAUCGGUGAGUUUUUCCCAGUAUGUCUGAAGGAAUAAUUACAAAACGAAGAAGGACAGUUGCGGAAUGUCUUUUUGGACUUUCUUUAUAAGACUGGGACAAUGUCGGUGCUGUUCGAUCCACAUGAAGUCGGUAUAAAUGGUCAGUCGAAUUUGCGAAAAGGUGCAAGACCGCCUCGAAGGAAAGAAGAUGAUUUGCUUGUGUUCGGUUAUGCGUGCAAGUUGUUCGAGAACAAUCAAACGGCUGCUUCUUUUGAUGAAGAAAAGAGCCUGAUACCGUGGAUGGGCGAUGAAUCCCUUCUGAUCGACAGGUAUGAUGCACGUCUGUUGUUUACAGACAAGGCUCAGUUUGUCUCCAAACCAUCUCAAACACCUCCUGUCCUUACACCAGAAGAAGAGGAGAUGGAAAGACGUUUUGAUGAAGAAAGGUAUUUGGACCUCCAUCAUGACACACAGGAGUAUGAAUUACAGCAAGAGGAGGAAAUGAAACGUUUCCAGCAAGCCCUUAGUGAAGAUGGUGCUUACAAUUCAGUGGCUUUCAGUUAUGACUAUAGUGCACCAGAAAACAGCUUCCACUAUCCACAAAGUGUUUCAAGUUAUGAAACGACUUCAAGAGAAGGAACCCUUUUAUACCAAGCAAGAAAAGCUAACUCUUCUGUAGCACAGAGUGCACAAGAAGAAAUGGUGUCACCUUCUCCUAAACUACCUCAACCACAUCCAGUUCAACAACCAGAGCCUUUUGUUCCUCCAGAAGAUCUGGAAAUACCUUCAGAUAUGGAGAUUCCUGAGACAGCCAAAAUGCAAGCCAUUAUUGAAAGGACUGCUGUGUUUGUUGCUAAACAAGGGAAACAAAUGGAAAUCUUGGUCAAAGCCAAGCAGUCUGGAAACCCUCAAUUUGACUUUUUGCUCAUUGACAACUGGUUGAACCCAUACUAUCAGCAUGUUCUUAAGUAUAUCAUGGAGGGAAAGUAUAACCCAGUCAUACCAAAGCAGCCAUCGCCUGAACCUCAGCCAGAGGCUCAAGAAAGUGAGAGUGAGGAUGAAUCUGAUGGAGAGUAUGAACUGCAUCCAUUGUUAGCUGCGUCGCUUCACAAGAAGGUUACAAGACCAAGAUCACAGCCAUCAUCAGCAUCAUCAUCUCCAUUGCCAGACACUCUUGGCAAUAAGUUUAGUAGGACAUUUGCUCCAGUGGCAAUAGGUUCGUCAUCAGUUUCUGCAACACAGGAUAAUGGCAGUACUCAUGACUUGCAGAAUUACAGUGAGACUGAUGAGUCAUAUGAUUACAGCAUGUGGUAUUCACAAGAAGAUAUGUAUGCACAGUAUGGAUCAACUAGUGGCUAUACCUACCUUCCUCCUGUGACGCCAGUCUUGUCUGUAGCGGAUAUGAUUCCACCUCCUCCCCCACCCCCAGGGGAAGGUCCAUUAGAGGAAGAGUGGUUGGAUUCUACAUCUUCAGUACCUCCUUUACCUCCCCCUCCCCCACCUCCAGCCCCUCCAGGUAUCUUUGUUCCCAGCAGUGUUGAAAUGUCCGGGCCAGUGGCACCUCCUCCCCCUCCUCCUGGAGUCUCCGCAGUAGCUCUGGUCUCAGAGCAGAUCAUACCUCCACCUCCCGAUCUUCAACCCAUUGUGGAUAAGCUGGCAAAUUAUGUUGCCAAGAAUGGUCCAGAUUUUGAAGAAAUUAUCAAAGCUAAGAAUGAUCCUCGCUUUGAGUUCUUGAACCCCUGGAACUCCCAUUACAGUUAUUUUCAGCUCAAAAAACAACAGGCUGUUGAAGCUGCUCGACAACGAAGAGAAACAGAAAAUGACAAAAGUCGAGUUGAGGUCCCUAAAGGGCCUAUUAGUUUCUCAAUCAAGGCCAAGGAUGUGAAGAAACCCAAAAUAGAGUACAGGACAAGUGUUAUAUACAAACAGAGCUAUGAACAAGGACAGAGUGAUGAGGAUGCUGAUGAUGCAGAAACAGAGACCGACACUAAGGAGAUAUCACAAGCCGGCGGAGAAAAGGAGGAUGUAAACAAACUUUCAGAGUCAAGCUUUAGUCAAGACACCAGUCAGCAAUCUACGGAGGACUUGAACCAACAAAUGGAUUCUAUUAAGGCGGCGGAGAGAAUUGCUCAGCAUUUGGAAUCCGAAUCACGUGACAAACAGCUUCAACUUGAGAGAAGACGAAAGGCAUCACUUUUCAUCAGCAUGCUGAAGAAGACAAAUCCCGGUGAUGAACUGGAAGCAAACGAGUCUGCUUCUGAAAGCCAAGUGCACACUGGAAAAACCAGAAAGUUUUUUGAAUCAAAAGGAGAGAAAAGGUCGGACUCCCCUACAGCGAAGAGAAGCCGUGUUGAUGACGACAGUGAUGAUGAGUCAAUCAGUCGAGGUGGACUGGGGAUGCCACCCCCUGACAGCAUUCGUGUUACGCAGGAUUUGAUGGCGAAAGUACUGGCUGCUUCCAGAAACAAGUGACACAAAGCCCUUGUGAUGUGACAGGGUCGUGUUCCACUCUGUUGAUGGACCGGAGAUUCAAGUCACAUCGAAACCAUGUGACCCAUGACUUCACAUCAUGUCCUCUCACGUUCCAGUCCUUUGCCGGAGAAGUUUAAAAAGGAAAGCAUCGAAACGUUAACUGAGAAAGCAUUACGCUAAGCGUUAGUACUGCGAAGAAGUGAAAAGAUAGGUCUGAUGUAGGAUUGAGAAAUUUGGUCUAUGUUUUUGUAAAUAGCAAACAACUUUUUUGUAAAGUACUUUAAAUCUGAAUGUUUUCUAAAUAAAUGUAGAGGAUCUGAUGUUUA